AUGAAAGUGCCUGAUGGCCUUCCAUUCCCCGAAUCAAGUAACUCUAAACCACGGAGUGCGUUUUCAAUCAAGUUGAAACGCUCACUUUACGGAUUAAAACAAUCCGGGCGGAUGUGGAAUACCCGUCUAAGUACUCUUGAUGAAAUAAGAGAAAUCGCAAGCUACUUGAAAUCUGAAUUUGAGAUGAAAGAUCUUGGGAAAACUCGGUUUUGUCUAGGACUUGAGCUAGAGAACCGACCUUGUGGAAUACUAAUCGACCAGUCUGCAUAUGUCCAUAAGAUAUUCAGGCAAUUCAAUAUGGAUAAGGUACAUCCUGCUAGCACUCCCAUGAUUGGUCGAAGUUUAGAUGUACGAAAUGAUCCAUUUCGUACAAAAGAAGAUGGCGAAGAGGUAUUAGGAGCUGAAAUUCCCUACCUAAGUGCAAUAGGCGCAUUAUUAUACCUUAAAGGAACCAUUGACAUGGGUCUAUUUUAUCCCUAUGAGGACGAAAGGAAGAUUGCUAAAGCAACCCCGUACACUGAAACCCCAAAUAAUAUUUUGGUUGGUUUUGCUGAUGCUGGGUCUAUCACUACACAUAUUCGAGGUACUAGUGGUUUGAAUUAUACCACUGAAGAGCCAACAUGCAUUUAUGAAGAUAAUGCAGCUUGUAUCGAACAAAUGAAGCAAGGAUAUAUCAAGGGUGAUAAUACUAAACAUAUUUCACCAAAGUUCUUUUACAAUCAGCAACAACAGUGCCUUUUAAACAUUCAAAUCAACAAAGUACCUUCUGAUGAGAAUAUGGCAGACUUAUUUACUAAGUCACUUCCUAAGUCCUUAUUUGAAAAGCACGUAAAGAGUAUUGGACUAAGGAAAUUGUACGAACUCCCUUGA